ACUUCCCACCAUCAUUGACCUGGCUACCGGCGAAUGCGAGAAGAGUGUAUGGCAAGAUGCAAUUCAACUCUUGGCUGGGGUCAUUGGCUAUCCUGCUGCCCGAGAGCGGUGCAGCUAUCCAUCUUCCGUCUUCCGGGCGUUGGUGCAAGCUCUGUCGAAAGGUGAUGCCCGGGCCACUACAGUGAUCUUGUCCUCGGUCGAGCAGCUGCCACCCGAGGAUUUUCUCAAACUCUUGGAAGCGAUCGAGCCUGAGACUCUGAUGAGGCGCUCCUUGGCCUCUGCCCCGGCCAUCCGCUCCAUGGUCGUGAAAAUCCUGGGAGUUUGCUUGGUGAAGUGUUGGCCACUUGUGACUGCUGUGUCAGAUGAGAACAUGCGCGACUCCUGUGUUGACGGCUUGAGAGCUGCGAUCUCGAUGCUGUCCAAGGAGGAGUCCGACGAGGACAUCUGCCUGGCUGCCGGAGCGAUUGUGGACGAGCUGAUGCUCCGGUACCUGAACAUCUCGCCUGGGCCAAUGUCCGUCAUCGCCCUGUUUCAUCCC